GGGGCGAGCUCUGUGUCAAGCCCGGCGCGAUCCGCUGCGCACACACCCCCGUGUUCUCAUGCCGGAUUUUCCCGGGCCAUGAAUAAUCUCGAAGCCCCCUCGAUAAAUACACGUUCAGGGAUGCCCGGAGCUCAUUCAACCCGCCAGCCUCACCGACGAGAAGGGGCCGGGGACCGAGCCGAGAAGCCGAACCAUGAAGUUUACCCAGGACUGUGGCUGUGACCGUGACCGCGCCGGCCGCCGCCGCCGGUCGCCCGCCCUCUGCUCCGCCGCCGCCGCGCUGCCGCUGCUGCUCCUCCUGCUGCUGCCGCGGGCCGCCGCCGUCCCGCUGCCCGCCGCCGACUCCUCGGGGGAGGCCGAGCUGGAGGAGGCGGCGGUGCGGCGGGCGGCGCUGCCCGACUGCGUGCGGCUGGCCCGGCUGCUGCACGCCCGGGCCGCCCAGCUGCAGGAGGAGGUGGGUACGGGACGUCCCGCGGGCUCGGACACUCGCACACAGCCGGCUGCCUCCGGCCAAGGUGCGAUAAAACCUCUCGGUGUCUCUUCCCAGAUGUGCGAGAAGUUUACCGUCUGCGGGAACAGCAUGGAGAUGCUUGUCCAGAACAACCUCAACCUCCCCAAGAUGACGGAGGAAGACGGGUGUCUAUUCGCCGGCUUUGAUGAGGAUAAAUGCUUGAGGAAAAUCUCCAGCGGGCUUUACACGUUUCAGACGUACCUCGAAUAUGUAAAAGAAACUUUUAUUAGUGAAAAGCAAAGCGUCGAUUUGCUGUGCUAUAGCACAGAGCACCUGGCACGUACCAUAAGGCAGAUGGUGAUCAAUCCCGAUGAAGUGAUCAUCCCAGACCCAGCUACCCAGGAAUCCCUCCGUGCGAAGCUCAAGUCCAAUAAGAACUGGAUAGAGAAAAUCACCACUCACCUCAUCCUCCGAGACUUUACUUCAUUUAUGGAGAAAACUGUGAGGGCUGUUCGCUAUUUGAAAAACACCAGGAGUUUCAGUGUCUGAAUGUUUUAAUUCAGGCACAAUCCUUCGUUACAAAUCUGUCAUGUGGCAGAUGACAGUGUUGUUCUGUUUUAAGAACCAGAAAUAGUAACAAUGAUUUGCAUUUAUAUAUAUUCUCAUUUCCUUCUAGGAAUCUAUUUAUUGUAUUUAAAAUAUUUAUUUGUUUCUAAUAUUUCCUAUUUAUAUUUUUGAUAUUUAGAAAUAAUUGAGAACACCGACUUAUUUAAUAACAUAUUCAACAACAACAAAAAAAAUCUUUUUAGAAGCCAGAAAAAUUGUUGUAUAACUUAUGCUUUUAAAAUAUUUGAGAUGGUAUUUAU